CGGGUCUGGAGCCGGAGCCACGUCCCGAGCGGAGCCUUGCCUUCCCUUCCCUUCCUUCCUUCCCAGGGAAGGAAGAAGGGAAGGAGAAGGAGGAGAAGGGGCUGGAGGGCAGCAUGACCCCGCAGCAGAGAGCCCACUGGGGUCCCGCGGGGGCCGGAGAAGAGCGCGCCCCCUCCCCCGCCGCCCUCCAGAAGCAGCACCACCACCAGAAAAUGAAGCCCAUCGUCCACAGGAGACGCUCCACGCCCACCGCCAUCAGCAGAGCCCUCAGCAAGUCCAAGCACCAUUCCAGCCGUGACGUGGUCCUCUGCCCCUCUCAGCCGGACAGCGGUCUCUCCGCGGCCGGAGCCUUUGGCCGGCCCAAUUCCCUCUUCCUCCUGGACGAACGGGUGCAGAUGACCCAAGGCUUGCAGACCCAGGAGAGGCAUCUCUUCCUCUUUGAUGACCGGCUCGUCGUGGCCAAGUCCAAGUCUCCUUCCAGCCUGAAGCUCAAGAAGCAAGUCCCGCUGGGAGAGGUCUGGACGGGCGCUUGCCUUGGCGACGUGUCCGAGAAGCGGCUCAGCCCCGAGGCCUCCUUCGUCCUGGGGUGGCCCACUGCCAACUGGGUGGCCACGUUCAGCUCCCCCGAAGUCAAGGAGAAAUGGCUGUCGACGCUGCUGUGGCACGUGGAGGCGGCGAAGCAGGCGGAGAGCCCCAAAUGCCUCCCGAUGCAAGUCUUCCUGAUGGACGGUGAAAACAGCAGCGCGACUGUGUCCGUCCCGGUUUCCAACAUGGAAGUGGCAGACGAUGUCGUCAAGAAAGCCGCGCAACAGCUGGGACUUCCCGGAAGAGCCAGCGACUACUGCCUCUGCGUCCUUUCCGGGAGAGACAGCCCGGCCUUCCCUCUCCUCGGCCACGAGUAUCCCUUCAGCAUUAUCCUCAGCGGCCUCCGUGGCCCCGUGGACCACCUCCAGGGAACCAACAACAACAACCACCUCCUUCCUGGACGCGAGGCCUCCGUCUUGGAUCAAAUCCCCAAAGAGAGGCAGUGCCAGUUCGUCCUGAAGCCCAGGCCCAGUGCUCACCUGCCGCUGCGGAGAGAACCACUGCAGAAGCACAGCAAGCGGAAGAAGUCCUUGAUCGACUGGGCACUGCGGAGGAGCAGCAGCACCCCGACCAGCAGCCCGGCCUCACAGUCCCCCCCGAACCCCAGGAAGCUCUUUGGCCUCUCGCUCAGCUCCGUUUGCCCCGACGGGAGACUCCCCAAACCCAUCAUGGACAUCCUGCAGCUCUUGUACCUCGAAGGCCCGUCUACGCGGGGGAUCUUCCGGCGCUCGGCCAACGCCAAGACGUGCAAGGAGCUCAAGGAGAGGCUCAACUCCGGGGACGAUGUCCAAGUGGACGGCGAGUCCGUCUUCGUGGCUGCGGCGGUCAUCACGGAUUUUCUGCGAAAUAUACCUGACAGUGUUCUAUCCUCAGACAUGCAUGGGCUCUGGAUGGAAGCCAUGGAUAAGGAAAACUGGGAACAUAGGAUCGAAGCCAUCCAAAGUUUGGUGAACCAGCUCCCGGAGGCCAACCGGAUCUUGCUCCGAUACCUCUUUGGCGUCUUGCAUCGCAUUGAGCAGAAUGCCUCUGAGAACCAGAUGACCGCCUUCAACCUGGCUCUUUGCAUCGCGCCCAACAUGCUGUGGCUGCCCAGCCCCACGGGACCCGAGGAGGAGAGCAAAGCCACCAAGAAGGUGGCCUUCCUGGUCCAAUUCCUCAUUGAAAAUUCAGCUGAAGUUUUUGGAAGGGAGAUUACUUCGCUGUUCCAAAGGCCAGAAAGGAAGAAGUCCAAAAGUGUGGACGACAUACUGGCUCAGCGUAUCGAUUCCUCCGACGAGAUGGAGUUCGCGGCCUCUUUCGGGGAAAGGUCCAAGCCGCGUUACAGGCUGGAAGUGGAGGACGGCCUGUUCGGCCCUUCGCUGAGCGAGGAGCGAGAGGACUGGGACUUGUUCAGCGAGAUCGCCGCUUGCUACCGGAGCAAAGCGGGGAAGAACGCCAGUGCGGACAGCUACGACCUCCUGGAGCAGGAGGAGGAGGGCGGCUCCUUCUGCUCCCUGGGCUCCGUCUGUUCUCUGGACCCGGCCCGGAACCGGUGCUCUUCCGAGCCCAGCGUCUGCCUGAGCUCCCGCCUCGCCUCCCAGGAGCACGAGCCGGUGGCCCGGCAGUCCAGCUGCGACGCCGCCAUCAUGCACAGCCACGGGGACUACAUCCGCCGGCUGCAGCAGCUGCAGCUGGAGAGCCAGAAGCUCAUCAACGAAGGCCUGAGCCCCGGGCUGAGCAGGGCGGCCGGGCCCGGCUUCUGGAGGCCCUCCCUGGGGGGCAACGCUUCCAAGAGGCCCGGCGGCCAGAAGGCGAGUCUCUCCAACCGGUCCAGCUUCUCCAGCCUUUCGUCCACCACCUCCCCUUCGGCCUCCUCCCUGAGCUCCCUGGACAGCGCUUUCUCCUACUGCUCCGAGUCCUCCUCGGCCUUCAGCCCCACGGACACGGCCUCCAGCUUGCCCUUCAUGUUCGGCACCUCCGCCCGGCUCCACGCUCUCUCCCCCAAAGUGUCCAAGCGGUCCUCAAAGGAGUGGCACAAGCCGCUGACCUCCCCGUUGCCCCUCAGCGACGUGGAGUUCUCCUUCGAGAGCAGAGAAGAUGACCGGGAGAGCGGCGGCCGAGAAGAAGUGACCGUCUUCCUGCCCAUUGUAAGCAGCUCUGGAAGCUUGGAGAACAUCAAGAGCAAAGACGGGAAGGAGGAAAGUCGUGCCGAGACGCUCUCCUGUCCACUCACAAACUGUUCCCAUGUCAAGACGGAGUACAGGACUGCCAUCCCAAGCCCGGAGAGCAAUUUUGUGACGUCCAUGAAGCACAUUGAGAUCAAAGGCUCCAAAGAGGCUCCUUUCUCUCAAGGAAGUCUGAAGCGCACCAAGAUCACGGUCUACAUGGCUCCGAAGGAGAGGAGUCCGAGAGAGUCUCCGGUGGUGCCGGACGAAGGGUACGUGGCUACCGAUCCCAGCAGUUCCAAAACGGUCAGGGUCCACAUCCCCCAGACGGUCUUCUACGGGCAGAACACUCCACUCGUCCUCCAGUCCGUCUCAAGAAGGUACCACCACGAAUCCUUGAGCCCCCCCACCCGGGCGGAAGAGCCGGAGCCUCUGGGCGGUCCAGACGUGGGCUGCAGCCAAGAGGUCAGCAAAACCUUCAGCCACACGUUCCGCAUUUUCCUCCCGGCGUCCGUCCGCCACACGGUCCGAGAGUAUUUCAGCCGAGACGGCCCCGAGGAGCACCGUGCCGCGAGCGUGGAGACGGUGGAGGAGGAGCUUCUCCGGAGCAGGGCCGAGUGGCUGCGGAGCCCGCCUUGCGCAGACGGGGGUCCGGAGACCCUAAUGUUCGCCGAAGAGACUUUCGUCUGAUUCCUCUGCUUUUGUGUGUAAAAUGUAAUAUAGGGGAUGGGAGGAACUCAACGGGCCUCCUCCGGCCUUUAUCAAGGAUGUUGAAUCCACUCCAGGUUUUAUCCUGAACCGUCCGAAGAGAUUUGUACCUUAUAUGGUUCCUUCCAAAACCCGGAGUGGAUUCCUUGCCCUCAUGACAUGGAGCCAGUCGCCAUUGCUGCUCACAUGUAAAGCAGCUUCUGCUAUCAUGCAUGGCUCCUUUUUUAACCCACUUAUCUCCUUCUUUUUGACCUUUUGCUCAACGUGCAGAAAGAGCUUCACAAUGCAUUUCCUCGGAGCCGUUCCCAGCUUCACCGCAGGAGGAAAUUGUGCAAAAGCUCUGUUCCAAAGUACCCUGGACUCAAAAUCAGGGCAAAUGGUUGUUAAUAUUAUUUUCCACAACAGGAGAAACUUUGAGAACUAAAUCUUCGGUCUCAACCUGGGGUCCUUUUACAUUGCAGUCGGCUCUCCGCAAUUGCGAGGUUCACUUGCAGAUUUGAUUAAUAUGUUCUGUGUAGGAAUUUCUAGGUCCUCCAGUGCAAUUGUAGGGCACAUUCCCACCAGAAAUUGACUGUACAGUCAUGCUGAAAGAUCUAGAGAUUCCUGUGUGUGUUUCCAUUUGCAAUUUUCCCCGCUUUUGUGUGGGUUCAGGGCCACAAAUGUGCGCAGUUAUAGUGCUAUCAUCCCACUUCAAACAUCUGUGACGCCAUCCUAUGUAAUACUGGGAUUGUAGUUCAGGGGUGGAAUCUAAAAUUCAAAAACGCAGGUGUCUAUAAUCUACAGAGAAACGUAAAAAAAGGAAAGUAUGGUAUAUAGUAUGUAAGUACUGUAGGUGAUGUAAUAUUAUCUUCUAUAUAAACAACUUUUAGUGGAACUUGUUAUACAAUCUGCAAAUGAAGGGAAUUAUGGUGUCGUAUUUAACAUCAAUAUAAACUGGGUUU